UUCACCUUUUUGCUGUAGCAAAAUUAAACUUUUAUCAUAUUCUGUCAACACAUUUGCUGAAGUUAAAACCAAGUGAGCAGUUGUAAUACAGUGGGUAGAUAUUAGGGAAUAGAUGGGUAAUGUUAAUGUGUGACCACAGCCGGGUUGACGUUGAAAGCUAACUUGACAUUGUGUGCAAGUUCCUUUUUAAUAAUUGUCGUUGACAGGACGGCUCAGCCGGGUCGUCCUUAAAUGUGUAGUUAUUUGCACAGUGUCUGGUUUUAGUUAUACUCGGUGCGUUAGCUUUCGGUUAGCAUAGUUAAGCUGUGUCACCCUGGUUCAACCGGGCCAGUUUAGCUAAGUGUGCCAGUCGAAGGCGAGCCGAACUAAACCACGGUGGACGCGUGAAAUACAUAAGCGGUUAGAAAUCCUGGUCCCAUCUAAAAAAUAUAAAAAAAGCGCUUUGCUUCGUGUUUCUUUCGUCUCGCCCCGCGGAGCUAGCGAGGAGUCGGGGAGGGGAAGCUACGUUUGAGCCGGAGGGACCAGGAAGCUGUGCGCGCACCAAAAGCACGUGUCUUGUUUUGGGUCACUUUGGACCACGUCUGACCUGGCGUGCAGACGUUGCUGCUGCGAUACAUGGCGAACUUUCGUCCUUCUGCCGUUAUCGUUGACGUGGAGUUGAUUUGGAUUUGAUGUCAACAUUACCGAGUCGCUGUUACGCUUUUAGUGGUUGUUUUUUUACUUUUCCUCCGCGUGCGACGCAUGAGGAUUUACGCGGAGAAGAUGGAUCCUGGACAGGAUUUACUUCUCGCUGCCCUGAGUGAGAGUGGUAUUUGUCCAAAUGAUUUUGGCAUAUUUGAUGAUUCUCAGGAUGCUGCACAGCCCUCUACGGUCCAGCAGUCUAUCUCCAUCAGUGCCCUCGAUGUUGGCGAGUCAGUGGAAUAUGCUCGAACCGAGCCUCCAGCUCCAGUCCCGAUGAUUACCAUCAGGCACAAACCUCAGCAAUCAACCACCACGUUUGUCUUAAAUCAGCUGAAUCAGUUGCCGUCACUCGGAGCUAAUGUGACCAAACAAUCGGUGAUGAACCCUAUAAAACAUACGAUAACUGUCACCAAAGUGGUCCAUGUUGCCAAUUCAGCCCUGCGAGGUUGUUCGAGCCCGUCCACCACGACUUUUCCUCACUCCGCAUCCACAGUAGUGCCUUCUAACAGAGAUCAGCAGAUUCAGUUGAAAGACCUCCUUCGGUCUGGCAAUGUGAAGGGCACCGGUCUUAAGGGCAACAGCCUGAUGGAGCUCAUGAGGCUGAAGCCUCCACCUAACAUUGCUCCACCAGUAGCAACGGCAACAGCCACAGGUGAAAUGAACAAUGGGAUCAAGAAGGAAGUGUUCGGUAAAGAUGCUGCCAGGAUCUGGAUCAAUGACGACAUCAAAAUGCAAACCUUCCCGCAUUCUUUGAAAAUCCCAGGGAUGAAAGAGGAAGAUGAGCCGGAGGAGGACGAGGAAGAAGAAUUGGGCCAUGCAGAGACUUAUGCAGAGUACAUGCCAAUGAAAUUGAAGAUCGGCCAGCGGCAUCCCGAUCCGGUGGUGGAGACCAGUUCCCUGUCCAGUGUCAGCCCUCCAGAAGUCUGGUACAGACUGUCCAUAUCGGAGGAGGUCAUUGAUCGUGGCUGCCUGUCGGCUCUGCAGCUGGAGGCCAUCACAUAUGCGGCUCAGCAACACGAGACAUUCCUCCCCAGUGGUGAUCGAGCAGCGUAUUUAAUCGGAGAUGGAGCCGGUGUGGGGAAAGGCCGGACCAUUGCAGGGAUCAUCUACGAGAAUUACCUUUUAGGCAGGAAGAGAUCUCUUUGGUUUAGUGUCUCCAACGACUUGAAGUAUGACUCUGAAAGGGAUUUAAGGGACAUAGGAGCCAAACACAUCCAGGUUCACUCGCUGAACAAGUUCAAAUAUGGGAAAAUCUCCUCUAAACACAAUGGGAGUGUGAAGAAAGGUGUGAUAUUCGCCACCUACUCUUCGUUGAUCGGAGAGAGCCAAUCGGGAGGGAAGUACAAGACCAGAUUCCAGCAACUUCUCCACUGGUGUGGGGAGGACUUUGAUGGAGUCAUUGUGUAUGACGAGUGUCACAAAGCCAAAAACGUGUGUCCAAUCGGAUCGUCCAAACCUACAAAAACUGGGCUUGCCGUGUUGGAGCUGCAAAACAAACUCCCCAAGGCUCGGGUUGUGUAUGCUAGCGCUACAGGUGCCUCUGAACCGCGAAAUAUGGCCUACAUGAAUCGCCUGGGCAUCUGGGGGCUUAAAACACCCUUCAGGGAAUUUGGCAACUUUAUCCAGGCUGUUGAGCGCAGAGGUGUUGGGGCCAUGGAGAUAGUCGCCAUGGACAUGAAACUGAGGGGGAUGUACAUAGCCAGGCAAUUGAGUUUUACAGGUGUGACUUUUAAGAUUGAGGAAGUUCCCCUGACUCAGCAAUACAUCAACAUGUACAACAAGUCUGUGAGGCUGUGGGUGUGUGCACGUGACAAGUUCCAGCAGGCGGCGAACCUGAUGGACGCAGAGCAGCGCAUGAAGAAGUCCAUGUGGGGCCAGUUCUGGUCCGCUCACCAGAGGUUCUUCAAAUACCUCUGCAUCGCUUCCAAAGUCCGUCGAGUGGUGCAGCUGGCCAGAGAGGAGGUCACCAAUGGAAAGUGUGUGGUCAUCGGUCUCCAGUCCACCGGAGAAGCAAGAACACUGGAGGCUUUGGAGGAAGGAGGAGGAGAGCUCAACGACUUUGUUUCAACAGCAAAAGGUGUGCUGCAGUCCCUGAUUGAGAAGCACUUUCCAGCUCCUGACAGACGGAAGCUUUACAGCCUGCUCGGCAUCGACCUCUUGGCUAAGAAGACCCCCCCGCCCACUGAAACGGCAGCACAGUUGGAACAGAAGGGCAAGAAAAGGAAAGGUUCAGAGGUAAAAAAGCAGCAGCAGAAGAAGAAGCCUCGCAAGCACGGCGGCCUGUCGGGUACCAGCUCGGAGGAGAGCCAGUCGGAGUCGGAUGACGAGUCCAGUAAAGACAGCGAAGACAGCUUCAAGUCCGUCAGCUCAGGCGACGAAGACGACGACUUCAACCCGUUCAGAGACGAGUCUGAUGACGACGGGGAAGACGAUCCAUGGCUCAUCCGAAAGGAACCAAAGAAAGGGAAAGAGAAGAGGAAGAAGAAAAAGAAGAGGAGUAUUGAUCCAGACUCCAUUCAAAGUGCCUUGUUGGCCUCUGGGUUGGGCUCCACCAGGCCGGCUUUCACUACCGCUGUCAUCCCCCCCAGCGCCCCCGCCAUAGUCAAGGCAGAGACUCAGGAUAGCUGCCUAACGAGUCACGACGCAGUGGAACAUGCUCAGAAAAUGAAGAAAGAGCUGCUGGACAAACUUGCCGAUCUGGCUGACGAUCUACCUCCCAACACUCUGGACGAGCUGAUAGAUGAGCUGGGAGGACCCGAGAACGUAGCCGAGAUGACCGGUCGCAAAGGUCGCGUGGUCAGCAACGACGAUGGCAGCAUCACGUACGAGUCUCGCUCUGAACUCGACGUCCCCGUGGAGAUCCUCAAUCUCACAGAAAAGCAGAGGUUCAUGGAUGGAGAGAAGAACAUUGCCAUCAUCUCGGAAGCUGCCAGCUCUGGUAUUUCCCUGCAGGCCGACCGUCGGGUGAAGAACCAGCGCCGGAGAGUCCACAUGACGCUGGAGCUGCCGUGGAGUGCCGACAGAGCGAUACAGCAGUUCGGGAGAACUCACAGGUCCAACCAGGUCACAGCUCCAGAAUAUGUUUUCCUCAUAUCGGAGCUCGCAGGAGAGCAGCGGUUUGCAUCCAUUGUUGCCAAAAGACUAGAAAGCCUGGGAGCGCUCACGCACGGAGACAGACGAGCAACAGAAACUCGAGAUCUCAGCAGGUUUAAUUUUGACAACAAAUACGGUAGAAGUGCUCUGGAAAUCAUCAUGAAGUCAAUCGUGAAGCUCGAUUCUCCGCUCGUGUCUCCGCCCGUUUACUUUAAUGGAGAUUUCUUCAAAGAAAUUCAAACGGGAUUAAUAGGUGUGGGCCUCGUAACCAUCGAGGAGAGAUCUGGCACAAUGUCACUGGACAAAGACUACAACAACAUGGGGAAGUUCCUGAACCGUAUUUUGGGGAUGGAGGUCCAGCAGCAAAACGCCGUGUUCCAGUACUUCUCUGACACAUUGGCAGCCGUUAUUCAAGAAGCCAAGAAGAGUGGCAGAUAUGACAUGGGCAUUCUGGAUCUGGGCUCCGGUGAUGAGAAAGUGAAGAAGGUAGACUGCAGGAAAUUUCUGACGCCGGGCUACACUACUGCUGGACAUGUGGAACUAUACACCAUGAGUGUGGAGAGGGGGAUGUCGUGGGAGGAAGCCACGCAUGCUUGGGCAGAUCAGAACGGAGCAGAUGAUGGUUUUUAUGUUCAGAUGAGGAACAACAAGAAAACCGCCAUCCUGGUUAAAGAGGUGAACACGAAGAAGAGGCUCUUCCUGAUUUACAGGCCAAACACUGGCAAACAAGUCAAGCUGGAGAUGUACACGGACAUCAAGAAGAAGUUCAAGAAGGUUUUGUCCGACGACGCCAAGCAGCACUGGAUUGAUCAGUACAAGUCAUCAGCAAAUAUCUGCUCUCAUGCUUAUUGGAGAGGAAACUGCAAGAAGGCGUCGGUGGGCCUCCAGUGUGAAGUCGGUCUCCGGUGUCGGACGUACUACGUUCUGUGCGGCUCGGUGCUGAGCGUGUGGAACGAGCUGGAGGAAGUUCUCACUCCGGUCAGCGGAAACAACGUGAAGGUGCAGAUAGUCCGACUCAGAACAGAAGAUGGACAGAGGAUAGUUGGACUGAUCAUUCCAGCCAACUGCGUGGCUCCAUUAAGUAACAAGCUGUCGACGUCGGACCAGAGCCAGCAGCUCGCCGUGCAGGAGCUCCAGAAGCAGCAGCAGCUCCACCCCCAAAGCCUCUGUCACGCCCCCAACACAUAGCCUGUGGCGGAACGCGUUAAAGCCCCUCUCAAGUUCACGUCUUGAUGUAAAGGGAUCUGGACUCGUGUGUCUCCUUUGCCAGGAUCCUUCCCCCCCUCCUCUUCCUCCCCUCAGACGUGAAGCAGCGGUUGUACAGAGAGAAAAGAUUUCAGGGUUUUUGUUUCUUUUUUUCUCUUUUUUUAACUCUCCCGAGACUCAUGUUUUCACCUAGACAGAUUUUAAUGGGUGAUGUUUUGUCCUCUGACAUUCAGAGUGAAAAAGAUUUGUGUGCGUAUUGAUGGAGACACAGUUGAGAGCCCGAGGGCGCGUUGAGGGCCUCGCUGUGAGCGGCCUGGUAAGAAGCAAAGACCGUUUCCUGGUUCAGACCAAAGGAAUGAGACAAAGACCGUGAGUCUUUUAAAGUCUGAGUUAUUUAAAAAAAGAAAAGAAUGGGCAUUUGAUGCUAAACUACAAUCCCAUUAUUAUAUAUCCGUUCAUAGCUGCUCAGACUUGAUUCCGCACUGAUGCAGAAAGAGAGAGAGCUUAGUUUGAAGUUGAACUUGACGCAGAACAUUCGCACAGCUCGCUAGUUCCAGUUGACGCGCGUCGAGAGCUUUUUGGUUAUCGAAAGUCAAAACGUCGUCGUCGUCAGGACCCUCUUGCUUCGUAACCGCAGACGCCAAAUGAAUCUCCCAUCGAUACGUUUCAUCAUUUCCUUUCGUCAACGUUGUAACAUUUUAACAAUCGCACUCGCAAUCAUUUAAAGUCUGUCUCGAGCAGCGGUCGGGUUCCCGAAACCACGUUUGAAACCCACCUUUCUUGCUGCGGUCAUUCCUCUGGUUUACUCUGGUUAUUAAAGGGACAGUUCACGCGCUCUCGUAGUUUUUAUUUAUCAAUCUAGAUGGUUUGAGUUGCCGAGUGUUGGAUGUGUCGGCCGUCGAGAUGUCUGUUAUCUCUGAUGUGGGAAUAUAUGUAAAAAGUCGAUUGCUGCUCCCCUUUCUCCAGUCAACACUUGUGUGUGUCAAGUGGAAACCACCUCUGGUCUGGUUGUAAAAGUAGAUCUUAGGUGUGGUGUCUGUUCACCUGGCUUGACGGGAAACAUGCAAUCUACAGUUCAUCAGCCAAGGAGUUCUUUUCUUUUCAAACCGCUUUCGGCGCUGCACCGUGCUCCGCUCGGACAUUUCUUUACUUUGAUUAAAUAGAUGGACGUCGGCCGAGGAGUUUAAACUCGUACAAAGACCCCCCCC